AUGAACCAGGCACAAACUCUGCUGCUUGACGGUCUCAUCAAGACAAAGCAUGUAGAAAAAGCCGCCCUCAUCAGAAUUGCCGACAUGAAUGUGAUGGCAGCAACUCCAGGCUUCAAUAUUCAAAACUGGGCCUUAAUCUUCGUCCAAGCCUUCUUCAACAACCAGACCCAAAUACGGAAGGAAGGGCAGUACUUUAAUGACCGGUAUUACAAAUGCUACAGAGCCGAUGGCAACUCCAUCUACCUUAAAGUAAAAGGAGAUGGAGUGAUCAUAGUUAAAACAGGAAGCUUUAUCCUGGUUGGAACAUAUUGCCAAGGUAUGUACCCCAGUGUCUGCGUCGAGGCAGUGGAGAAACUAGCAGACUACCUGAGAGCGAAGGGGAACUGA